AUGGAUGAAGGCAAAAUAAAUGGAGUUGUUUUUCUUGAUAUAUGUAAAGCAUUUGACUCGGUGAAUCACGAAAUAUUAUUGGAGAAGCUUAAAACCCAGUUUGGAAUUCACGACAUUGAAUUAAAAUGGUUCCAAUCAUACUUAAGGAAUAGAAAGCAAGUGUGUUCUGUUAAUGAUCAAACUUCUUCUGCAAGAACAAUAAUAUGCGGACUUCCGCAAGGAUCCAUACUUGGUCCAUUAUUGUUUUUGCUAUAUAUUAAUGAUAUGCCUGAUAUUUUAGAAAGGACAACCCCAUGUCUUUAUGCCGACGACACUCAGAUAUCUUCCUCUUCGCAUGAUUACGAUACAUUGAUUGACAAUUUGAAUAUGGACCUUUCCAGUAUUCGUAAAUGGCUUGCUAAAAACAAACUAAAAUAUCAUAGGAAAAAAACAAAAGUCAUGUUUAUUGGAUCUACGCAUAAUCUAAAACAUAAAAUAGGAAAUAGAGCCGUUGAGAUUAACAAAAUCCCAGUCCCACAAACCAAUACAUUUAAAUGUCUAGGUGUAAAUCUAGAUGAAAAAUUAAGUUGGGAGAAACAUAUUGAUUCUGUAUGCCAUAAGAUUAGCGCUGGAAUAGGAGCAAUUAAAAGAAUAAAACCUUAUGUUUCACACAAAACCUUACAUGAUGUCUACAAAACAUUAAUUCAGCCUCAUUUUGAUUACUGUUCUCCCCUGUGGGAUAACUGUGGUUUGGGACUUCAAGACAAAUUGCAAAAAUUCCAAAAUCGAGCAGCAAGGGUGAUUACCGGAGCUGACUACGAUGUAAGAUCGUCUGAAGUCCUAAACAAAUUAGGCUGGGAAACCCUGGCUAGGAGACGAGAACAAAACAAGCUAGUAUUGAUGUAUAAAGUCUUGGGGAACCACACUGCGCCAAACCUUAAAGAUCUUUUUUCUCGGAGAAAUGCAUCGCAGAAUAUUUAUGAUUUACGCAAUAGCGAAACUGAUCUCUCGUUAAAAAAACCGAGAACGGAAUUUCUAAAGAAAACAUUUGGAUACAGUGGAGCAAUUCUAUGGAAUAGUAUCCCGCAAGAUGUCAACGCGGCUGAGUCAAUUACGUCAUUUAAAACAAUGGAGAAAUUGCAUUUAAGCAGAUGAUAAGCUAAUUUCUCCAGGACCAAAUGAUGGGAGGACAAUAUAGAUUGUGGGCGGGAGGGGGGUUAGUUUUGCGUGAAGGUGGGUGGGUACUUGUUUAGGGGGUGGAGGUUUGGAAGGAAGAUGAUAAAAUUUUAGGGUGGGAUUUUUACAUAUUUUGUUCUAUAUAUAAUUAACAUUUAGCUCUUUGUGUGUAUACGCCCUCCGUGGAAACCAGUUGUAAAUAAUUGUCGAUGUUAGCGUAUUGAAAUAAAGUUUUACAUACAUACAUACAUGAUACCUUACUUCCCGUCACCCCCUGCGCGCAUAAAUUUAAAGCUGGAAUUGCCUAUUGUUAAUGCUGAGAAAAUCAUUGGGCAUAUAUUGCCCAAGGACAAAUUGAUUAAUUUUGAUUAAAUUUGAAUGAAGAUUGGAUGAGAAAUAAGCAACUGUUUUCCAGGCCUAGUAAACUAUGCACUGUACAUAACCUGACGGAGUUAUGCAGUCUCUGAGUACCCUCUAGUUUACAUAUUAUUAUUUAUUUAAUAUAUACAAUAUCCACUCACUUACUUUAUAGAAUUCAACUGUCAUGAUUACCUCAUUAUAUCUGGAGGUUCAUCAAAAAAAUUCUGCGGGACCACCACUCCGGCGCCAUUUGUACCUGGUCUGAAUGUCGUCACACUGAAAAUGGUAACAGAUCGUAGUAUAGAACGAAGCGGUUUUGAUCUCAGCUUCACCACCGUCCAGAGUAAGCAAUAUUUUCGGUGUGUUCAGGGGCUACAGAUGGAAAUAAGGCGUCGGAAGACUUGUCUUAAAUCGGGAUGGAGGGCGCCAGACAAAUCCCAGCUCCUAUAUUAAAGUCACUUUGCUUUACUCUGACUUAUUUGUGGUGACCAGGGUUGUAAAAAUUACCCAAAAACUAAGGAGUAAAAGUUGCUUUUCCGGAAAAGUAAUUAUGAUAAAUUCAAAUCUAUGCAUUUAUGCGCAUUUGAUCAUAUACUAUAACAUGUUAAUUUGCGCAAUAUAAAUAUUAAAUAUUAUUAUAUUAAAUCUUAAUUCCUUCAAAAGCUGCUGCAAAUCACGUUUUUCUUAGGUGAUAAAAAGAUUGGAUUAACGAACAGUAUCUACAUGUACCUAACCGACAUUAAAACAGCAAGUCUUUUAAUUGAACUGCAUUGAAUUUGUUAAUUAAUUUAAGAAGGAAAAUUUCUGUGUAGUUGCAUGACCAGUUAUGACCCUCGACAGACGUGCAACUCCAAAGCCAUUUUCUUCUGAAAUUUGCAGAUAUGGCGAGUUUGGAAAAAAAUAAAAAGUACACAGUAGUGAGGUGAACUGCUUUCUUCAAAAUGUUACUCAUUACCUUAAAAAAGUAAUAAUAUAUUAAUCGAAAGUAAUUUGUGAUUAUUAAAACAUUGGUGGUAAAAUAAGGCUCAGAUUGAAUGUUUAAAUAGAUUUUUAAUUGUGCUUGAGUCAAGCAAUAUUUUUCUUGGGCCUAUAACCUCUUCUUGGUGGCGGAAUCAAAAUCUUUGCUGAUUAUAUCUUGAAAUUAUCUAGCAGUUUUCCUUAUUAGUUUUUAGUAACAUGAGCAUGUAUACAAUAUUCUGCGCCUGUUGUCUGGGGCUGUUUGUACGACGAUCGAAUAUCUAUAGUGACUUCUUCAACCGUUGUGAAAACUACGAAUAUCGAAACAAAAUUAAUAAAAAGAAACCGUAGCUUACAAAUACUAGAGAUUUAUCUGGGUUGCAACAAUAAACGGACAAUUUUAGAAUACGUGAAAAUUCGUUAUCUUGUGGAUAGCGCUCUGAUCACCUUUCCUACAAUUUAUUGGUGUGGAAAAAUACAUCUAUAUCUCUAAUACCUAUCACAAAAUAAUUUGAUAUAUCAUCCUGUGCAUAGAGAAUAUUUCUAUCUUUAUUUUUUCUAGCAACUGGUUUACCCCCAGCAGUGAGUGUGUGUCCGACCAGAUCAAUUAUCCCCAGUGCGAUUGGUCGUGUCCAUUCGCCUGGAUUCGCUGGAAAAUAUAGCGCCAACCUAAACUGUAAACUUACCCUGAAUGUGCCUUCAAGUAAGGUUGUUGAAAUUUCCUACAACCAUGUUGAUAUUGAAC